GUCAAGAGUCUGGUGUUUAAACUCAGGGUCUUUGGUCUUUUUUUUAAACUUUUAAGAGAAAGGUUUGAAUUUUUUUUUUAUUGAAGAUCGUUAAUUUUUUGCUGUGCACAGAGGGCUGGUGCGUGGGUGCGGAUUUUUAAAAAAAAUAAAAUGAGCAUUAAGAGCCAGUGGAUUAUCAAGCUCUCUCUUUUCUAAGGUUGGUCUUCUAUCCAACAUCAAUGAGACUCAACUCGAGAGUAGUAACAUAAUUGUACAAGUAAAGAGCAGAGAGGAAGAGGAAAAAGAGUUUCAGUCGACGCCGGAUCGUGAGAGUGAGUGGGCGUAUUUUCUCGUUUGUAAUUUAUCUUCAGUAUUUUAGUGUCACCUGGAUAUAACAAGUCGUUUGUUGACGUCAACAUCAUUUUCAGACUUAUGAUAGCCAGGAAAAAAUAGCGCAGAAGCUCUAGUGUGAUCAGUUAUCAUUUAACUUGAUAUAUAUUUUUUAAAAUUAUAAUAAAUAAUUUUAAAAAUAUGAAGCUGGCUUGGAUUAUUUUUGUGCUGAUUUAUGGAGCGUUGGGUUUCAAUCUCGAGUGGAGGAUACCUGUUAUCAAACGAGGAAAGAGUGAAUCUUAUUUUGGGUACUCAGUAGCAGAGCACCAAGAAAUACUUGAGAAUGAUAACAAGUCAAUAAGCUGGAUUUUAGUCGGCGCACCUUUGGAUCAAAAUAGACAACCUGGUACUAAUAGAUCUGGGGCAUUGUGGCAGUGUCCAUUGACCACAAAUUCACGGGAUUGUGUUCAAGUUAUUACUGAUGGUCGACAAGAUAUUGAUUCCGAUGAAUUAAUUCCCCCGGGAAACGACGAGAUAAAAGACGGACAGUGGCUUGGGGUGACAGUAAGAAGUCAAGGGGUCGGUGGUAAAGUUAUGGUCUGCGCCCAUCGGCACAUAGUAAAAACAGCGGACUCACAAUGGGGCCAAGGACACUGCUACAUUUUGACCCAGGACCUCCAGUACGACGACUUGAAAAAACCCUGCUCGGGAAAACCAACGAAGAAAGCUCACGAGCAAUUCGGAUACUGUCAAGCUGGAACAAGUGGAAUAUUAACACCAGAGGAUCGUGUCGUGAUUGGUACACCUGGUCCACACACCUGGCGUGGUACCAUGUACGUUUUCACGGUAUCAGAUGAAUUUUUAUUGCGUGACAACACUGUCUAUAAUGCGCCAAUGCAAGACGCAUCACCUGUUAGCAAGUACAGUUAUCUGGGAAUGUCUGUCACUGUCGGUAAUUUCUUUGGUAAAGGUCUGGCAUACGCUUCCGGUGCUCCUAGAUCAAAUGGAACUGGACAAGUUGUGGUAUUGACCCGUCAAAAUUCACGUCCUGACAUGGAUGUCGCACUAGUUUUGAAUGGCGAGCAAUUCGCCUCGAGUUUCGGUUACGAAAUAGCCGCUGCUGAUGUCAAUGGCGAUGAAAUAACAGAUUUGAUUGUCUCUGCUCCGUUUUACUUCAAUAAAGCUGAAGGUGGUGCUGUUUAUAUUUACACAUCCUUGUGUAGACACAACAAAGAUAAUGAUAAAUGUAAACCAACAAAGCUAGUAGGUCGUGAAGAAUCACGUUUUGGAUUCGCAUUGGCUAACUUACGUGAUUUAAAUAAAGAUGGGUAUGAAGAUUUAGCUAUAGGUGCACCUUACGAAGGCAAAGGCACUGUUUAUAUUUAUCUGGGGUCCAAAAAUGGAAUCAUAACAACGCCAUCACAAGUUAUACAUUCAGAAGACACUCCAGUACCUUUGCGUACAUUCGGUUACUCGUUGAGCGGUGGAAUUGAUAUGGACAAAAAUGGUUACCCUGAUUUAUUAAUUGGUGCUUAUGAUGAUGAUGCCGUUGCUCUACUGCGUGCAAGAAAAAUAAUCGACAUCACAACUUCAGUGCGAUACGCUCGCAAAGACGGCACUUAUCAGGACAAAAUAGAGGCCAUUGAUCCAAAUAAAUUCGGGUGUUCAUCAGAUCCCACAUCAAAUCACACGUGUUUUGCUUUCGAAGCCUGCUGCAAAACAGAAUCACUGACUCGCAAUGAGGGAAUGCUUAAUCUCAAACUGAAUUAUCACAUCGAAGCUGAAACUUACUCUGGUGUGAAAAAAUUCUCGCGUGUAUGGUUUGGUUUUGGUAAAAAUAAACCCCAUUAUAUUAAUCGUACAGUGACAUUAGACCCGACAAAACUGAUGCACUGUCAGCGUGAGAUCGUUUAUUUGAAAGAGAACACGCGUGACAUACAAUCGCCAAUUAAAUUCCGCUUGAAUUAUACCCUAGUACAAGAAGAGCCGAUAAUGCCAGCUGAGGGAAAUUUAUUACCAGACAUUAAUAAUUAUCCGAUAUUAAAUCAACAAGAAGCCGCAAGAAUAUUUGAAGCGACGUUUCAAAAAGAUUGCGGUGACAAUGAAAUAUGUGAAAGUGAUCUACAAGUUGACGCGAAAUUAAAUUUAUCUGCGUCAGUUGUCAAGCCAAAUUUCUAUGAAUUGUUGUUGGGUGAAGUGGAAGAGGUUGUUGUUGAUGUCAAUACUGUCAAUAUUGGAGAGUCUGCAUAUGAAGCGCAAUUGUUUAUAAGUCACUCGCCUAGUCUUAAUUACAUUGCAAGUAAAAGUAACGAGUCGAUUAUCUGCAAUCUCUAUAAUUCAACAUUAGUAAUUUGUUCCAUUGGUAAUCCGUUCAGAAAAGACAACGCUGUCAAUGUUCAAGUGAGAUUCGACCCCAAAGGAGUCGAAGACAACGAGCCGCAAUUGAAUUUUGUUAUUUUUGCCAACUCAACAUCCAAAGAAGUCCAGGAAAAACAACCGAUUCGAUUGCAAGCGAUCGUACUAAAACGCGCGGAAUUGUCAAUAAAAGGAAGCGCGAAAACUCAGUGGGCUUAUUACGGUGGUCCGGUUGUUGGAGAAUCUGCGAUAAAACAUUUGAAUGAAGUCGGCCCUAAAGUAUCGCACAUGUAUGAAGUCUUCAACGAGGGCCCGUGGAAAGUGAGGACCGUAGAAGUUGUAAUUUCUUGGCCUUACGAGGUUGCUAAUGACAAAAAACACGGCAAGUGGCUGUUGUAUCUCGAGGAAAUGCCGACAGUAAGUCAUGUUGGCGAUGGAGAAUGCAUUUUACCACCUGGUUAUGUUGUAAAUCCACUGAAAUUACUUGGCAGUGUCAGUUAUGAUGAUUUGGAUCCAUUCCCAUCAACGACAAGCUCUCCUGUUAAUUAUUACCGCAAUCGGACAAUUAAUCACAUCAGAGAUCGACGGGAUAUUGAGAAGGUUGUCAGUACGAGAAUGACAACUGAUCGUGAUGGUCAUUCACGGCAAAUUGUUUCUAUGAAUUGUAAAACAGGGACUGCUAAAUGCUUUGACAUUAAAUGCAUUAUUUAUAACUUACAACGUAAACAAGAAGCGACCAUUACUGUGAAGGCAAGGCUGUGGAAUUCAACGCUCGUCGAGGACUAUCCGAAGGUUGACCAGGUUAAAAUCGGCUCCAAUGCUAGAAUCGUAAUCCCUCCGAAUAUUGAAAUCCAGCAGGAAAAUUUAAAAAACGACCAGGCUACGGCGGAAACGAUAGCGUAUCCAGAUCUAGGCGAUCAACAAGACAGUGAACCGGUGCCAAUUUGGAUAAUAAUAGUCGCUAUUUGUGCUGGAUUAUUAUUAUUGAUAUUACUGACACUAAUAUUAUGGAAACUAGGAUUCUUUAAGAGGCGUAGGCCUGAUCCUACUCUGUCUGGUAAUUUAGAGAAGCAUAGAGAUGAUAAUCCAGAGCACGAAGCUUUAUUUAAACACUAAUUUAAUUAUUAAAAAAAAUCGUUGACUUUAAAGAGAAAAUUUUCCCGAGUGAGAACUUCCAGAGCAAAAAAAUUGAUAGCACAAAGAUGCCAUCUCAAUUGCAUUUUAUACUUAUAUAUAAAUAUAUAUAUAUAUACAUAUUUAUAUUUAUAAUUCACGGAAUUAUUUAAACAUCAAGUGUUCUUCGGAAGACUGGAUCGUGUUAUUACUUACAUGGCCGUAUGUAUUUAUACCCGCGAUUACUUUAAUUUUAUUGACUAAUUAAUUAAUUAAUUAUUAAUUAAAAUAAUUGAUUAUGCCUUGCAUUUAAGUGAUAUAAAAAAAAAAUGAUGUCUAACUGAUGCGAUAUUGACGGGAGAAUUUUAUAGAUAUUUGAUCGCAUAAACACUGGGUGCUGGACGAGUCAGUGUAUAAAUUUAUGUUUCUUUUUUAAAGAGAAAAAAAUAUUUUUAAGUAAAAGAUUUAAUCUAUGGUGCUAAAUGAUUUUUUUUUUAUUAAAUAAUAGAUUUAGGGUAAGAGACCCAGUAUCUCAUCAGAGAACUAGUACUCAAUGACUCAUAUUUGUAUAUUUAUAUUUACUAAAUAUAGAUAUAAAAAUACAUGGAGAGAUCGAGUACUAGUUCACUGAUCGGGUACUAGGUCUUUUACCUCAGUGUCUUCGAUCACUGGCGAUAAAAAAAAUAUAUAUGAGUAUUUUUUCGGAUAAAGACUGAUGACUUCCGGUGUAAAAAAUUUUUUUCAUAAUGAAUCUAGAUCUGAAUUUCAUUUGGAAACUCAGAUCGUGUAACAAAUAUGACUUUCAUUAUGAAUUUGUUCCAACAACUCGGCUGUCCAAUUUCAAAACACAGUAAGGGACAAAUUUUUUUAGUUACAGUGGGGUCUUGUGGACAUGAUUCGUGUGAACUUUUCGUCUAGUAGAUCUGUAUUAAUUCUAAAAUUAAUUUAUUACGUCUUUUAAUUGGACGGGAUGACUUUGAUAGAAACUUGACUAAAUUUUUGCUGUAUUAAUUCUGUUAUCAUAUUUGUGUCAGGAUCUGAGUUUCGUGAUGAAAUUAAUAUCUGAAUUAUCUAUGAAUAAAAAUUUUUUCUACACGGGUUGAACGACUCUGCCCGCUUACAUCGAUACUGAUUACAUACAAAGUAUUUAUAUUUAUAAAGAAAAAAAAAAUGACAGAACAGAAGAAAGAACAAAUUACUAUUACUAUUAAAAGUUAAAUAUCUUCCUCAAUAUCGUUUUUUAAUCAUAAUCAUAAAUCCAACACUUCAUUUAUUACUUAAGUUACAUGAGUACAAUCAUUGGCACUAUUUAAUACUUUUACUUUUAUUAAUUUAAGUAAACAAUCUAGUGAGUUUGAUUGUUUAUUUUUAAAAUAUACUUACUAGUAUAUUUAUAAAAAAAAAAUUUAAUUAAAAUUAAUUAUUAUAAAAGGCAGCGUUACACAUUCAUUAGGUUUAUUCGAUUUUAAAAAAUUGAUAGAUAUUUAAAUUGUUAUGUUUUAAUUAUUAGAGACAAUCAAAUUUUGCUAGAUUAUUUUUUUAUUAUACUUUUAAAUAUUUAUAGGCGAAAAUUUUUUAUAAAUAAUUUUUUUUUAUUAACAAAAAAUUAUUUGUAAGUAAGAAAAUUUAUUCGAGAAAUAAAACGAUAAAAUUAUCGUUGUAAAAAUAAAAAUAUUUAAAUUGUUGACAUUUAAAAUCAUGUUGAUAAUUUUUAAAAAAGAGAAAAAUUAUACUGCAUUUUGGUACUUAAAUAUUUAUUAAUUAAUUACUCACUACUUCAUUGUCAUUAAACAUUUUUUUUAGAUAUUUGACAUCGUUGUAAAAAACAUUCCCUCUAAAAUUUAUUCAAGCUUUUAAUUAUUCUAAUUUCUAUAUUUAUAUAAAAACUAUUAAGUAUCAAAAAUGUCUUCCUGAGACUAAAACAUUUAAUGCAGUAAAUUUAUUGUAAAAAAUAGAAAAUAAAUAAUUUUAAUGUUAAUUAAAAUUCUAGUAGCGAAUUCAAUUUAAAAUUGAAUUAAUUUUUCAACGACAAUGCAAUUAAAUUUGAUACAAUUAUCUAAGUAUUGAUUUAAAACACGUAGACUUUCUUGAGUCUUGCCAUUUAAAAUCAAAUGUUGUUUAUUUUGUUUUGUAGAGGCCAUUGAAUCUUAAUCACAGCUUGUGCAUACGUCAUAUAUUUUUUAAGGAAUCACCUGACAAUUAUUCACAUAUUUUAUGUAAAAAAAAAACAAAUGUUUCAUUUUUAUCAACUGUUCUUUGUAUCCAUUAUUUGAUACAAAUCUAUUAGAUAAGAAAUUGUAGUAAAAAAAAUGAAAGAAAGUUAUUGUAAAAAUAUAAAAAAAUAAAAAAAUUUUUUUAUUCAUUUUCUA